AUGAUGCGCUCCAAUGUGAUGAGAGGUAUCACUCUUGCACGCCACCGACCAACAUCGAGCAUCUCACUACGAUGCUACCAACCAGUCUCCCAACUAAAACGCCUCCUCUCUGAGAAAAAGUCGCCCACAGCAGACGAAGAAGUGGACAUCCUCAUAAUCGGCUCCGGUGCAGGUGGUUUAACAGCCGCCCUCCGCGCCAGAACCCUCGGCCUCAACCCCGUCGUCAUCGAAAAGGAAGCAACACUCGGCGGCGCGUCAGUCAUCUCAGGCGGAGGCCUCUGGAUCCCAGCAAACCCAAUAUCCAAAGCCGCAGGUAUAUCCGACUCCAAAGAAGAUGCCCUCGCAUACUUUGAUCAAGCCGUCGGAAACAUGAUUCGCUUCCUUAGGGACCUUGGUUUUGAAUGGAGAUUCAGUAGGGGGUAUCCGGAUUAUUAUCCCAUGAAGGGCGCCAUGGGGAAAGGAGGCGGGAGAACUAUCGAGUCUGUCGCUUUUGAUACCAGGAAGCUGGGGAAAUGGCAAGCUGCGCUGCCCCCUGCGAACAUACCCGUGGCCAUCCACGGUGAGCAAGCACCAUGGAUCACGAUGAUGACGGCUUCUCUCCAAGCUUUCAUCAAGUCGACCCGCAUCAUGCUACCCAUCAUCGGCAAAACCAUUCUCGGACAGAAACUCGUCAGCCUAGGCCGCGGGCUUAUCGCUCAGCUUCUCUACCUCAACAUCAAACACGCAACCGACAUCCGCUUACACACCUCCCUCCUAGACCUCAUGCUCUCCCAAGCAGGAAAAGUAACCGGCGCAAAAGUCAAACUCCGCGACGGAACCACCAAAACCAUCAAAGCGUCCCGGGCCGUCAUCCUCGCAGCAGGCGGCUUCGCGCACAACAAGCCCCUCCGCGAGAAGUACGGACCAGCACCGGCCAGCACGUCCUGGACCAACUCGCCCGAGAGCGACACAGGCGACGCUGUAAUCGCGGGGCAGAAACUCGGCGCGGCGACGGCGUUGAUGGAUGAUGCGUGGUGGGGACCGACCAUCUUCGACCCCGUGACAGGGAAACCUCACUUUGCGCUUAUAGAGCGAUCUCGACCGCACUGUCUUAUCGUCGACAACGCCGGCAAGAGAUUCAUGAACGAGGCGCAGUCUUAUACGGAUGCCGGACAUGAUCAAUAUGAGAGGAACAAGUCUGUAAAAGCGAUUCCAGCCUGGUUGAUUAUGGAUACGAACCACCGCAACAGAUACAUGCUCGGCACUCAGCUGUUCGCGAGAAUGAAACCCAAGAAGCCGGUUGCGAAUGGAACAAUGUUCGCGGCAAGCACUCUCAGAGACUUGGCGGAGCAGAUUGGAGUCGAUGCUGAAGGCCUGGAAGAAACCAUCACGGGUUACAACGACAUGUGCAAGACUGGCGUUGACGCAGACUUUGGAAAGGGCGAUAACGCAUACGAUAACUUCUUCGGUGACCCUGCCGCUGGCGGGCCAAACCCAAACAUGGGAGCAUUGAGCAAGGCGCCGUUCUAUGCUAUCGCCAUUUGGCCAGGCGAUUUGGGUACUAAGGGUGGCCUCGUUACUGACGAGCAUCAGAGGGUACUAAAGGAGAACGGCGAGGCGAUUCCUGGGCUGUAUGCUAUUGGUAACACGGCGGCGAGCAUUAUGGGACGGACUUAUCUGGGGGCUGGAUCGACUUUGGGUCCUGCAAUGACGCAUGGCUUCCUUGCCGUCAAUCACAUCGCCCAGUCCUGA